GGGCGGGGAGGCCAUGGCGGCCGAGGCGGCGGAGCGGCACCUGGGGCUGCUGCGGGACGAGCGGGAGGCCGAGCUGGCGCAGAGCAGGGCAUGGCAGGAGAGUGUCUCCCUGAAGGAAUUGCAGCGGAGAGGGGUCUGCUUGCUCAAGCUCCAGGUCACCAGCCAGAGAACCGGCCUCUAUGGACGUCUCCUCGUGACAUUGCAGCCCAGGAAUCGGGAUUCGGACACCGAGCUGCCCUCCAACAGCUUUGGGCCUGGGGACAUCGUGGGGCUGUACGAGUCAGCCGGGCAGGGGGAGCCGCUGUGCACGGGCGUGGUGACACGUGUCACCCCCAAGGCAGUGACGGUGGCCCUGGAGGAGCCCCGGGAUGGGGAGCUGGCCGUGGACCACGAGCACUCCUUCCGCCUGCUCAAGCUGGCCAACGAUGUCACCUACAACAGGCUCAAAAGAGCCUUGACUGCACUCAAGCAGUACCGUGGUGGCCCAGCCUCCGACCUGAUUGACGUCCUCUUCUUUGCCUCUGCUCCCAGGGCGUUCCCUGAAACAAAGCCUCUGGAGUUCUUCAAUGCCUCCCUGGAUGAGUCUCAGAGGGAAGCUGUGUCCUUCUCCCUGGCUCAGAGGGAGCUCGCCAUCAUCCACGGGCCUCCCGGCACAGGGAAAACCACGACGCUGGUGGAGGUCAUCCUGCAGGCUGUGCAGCAGGGCCUGAAGGUGCUGUGCUGUGCCCCCUCCAACGUGGCCGUGGAUAACCUGGUGGAGCGGCUGGCCGGCGGCAGGGCGCGGCUGCUGCGGCUGGGCCACCCCGCCCGCCUGCUCCAGCCCAUCCAGCAGCACUCCCUGGAUGCCGUCCUGGCCCGCGGGGACAACGCCCAGAUCGUGGCCGACAUCAGGAGAGACAUCGACCAGGCCUGGGCAAAAACCAAAAAGGCCCAAGACAAGGGAGAGCGAAGCCAUUUCCUGGGUGAGAUUAAGACCCUGAAGAAGGAGCUGAAGGAGCGAGAAGAGGCUGCCAUGGCUGCGGCCCUCAGCCAGGCCGGCAUUGUCCUUGCCACCAACACAGGUGCUUCCUCAGAUGGCCCCCUGAAGCUGCUGCCUGAAACCCACUUUGACCUGGUGGUGAUUGAUGAGUGUGCCCAGGCUCUGGAAGCCAGCUGCUGGAUCCCUCUGCUGAAGGCUCCCAAGUGCAUCCUGGCUGGGGAUCACAAGCAGCUGCCCCCCACCAUCAUCUCCCACAGGGCCGCGGCCGAGGGGCUGUCCCUGAGCCUGAUGGAGCGGCUGGCGGGGCACUACGGGGAGCGGGCGGUGCGGAUGCUGACGGUGCAGUACCGCAUGCACCGGGACAUCAUGGAAUGGGCGUCCUCGGAGCUCUACGGCGGCCGGCUCAGCGCACACCCCUCCGUGGCACAGCACCUGCUCAGGGACCUGCCGGGAGUGUCCUCCACGGAAGAGACCAGCAUUCCCUUGCUGCUCAUAGACACCGCUGGCUGUGGCCUGUUCGAGCUGGAAGUGGAGGAUGAACAGUCCAAGGGCAAUCCAGGGGAGGUCCAGCUGGUGGGGAUGCACGUCCAGGCCUUGGUGGACGCCGGUGUGAAGGCCAAGGACAUCGCUGUGGUGGCUCCCUACAACCUCCAGGUGGACAUGCUCCGACAGCACCUUGGCCACAGCCACCCCGAGCUAGAAAUUAAAUCAGUGGAUGGUUUCCAGGGAAGGGAGAAGGAGGCAGUGAUCCUGUCCUUUGUCAGAUCCAACAGGAAAGGUGAGGUGGGCUUCCUGGCCGAGGAGCGGCGCAUCAACGUGGCGGUGACGCGGGCGCGGCGCCAGGUGGCCGUGGUGUGUGACAGCCACACCGUGGGCAGCCGCCCCUUCCUGCGGCGCCUCCUGGACCACCUGGCCCAGCACGGCCUCGUGCGCUCCGCCUUCGAGUACCUGGAUGACCUCGUGCCCCAAAAUUACCCCGAGGAGGGCCGGGCCCAGCGCCAGCAGGGCCCCAAACCGCCGGGCCCCAAAGCGCGGCCGGCUCCGGCCGGGAAGCUCAAGGCGGCGGCGGCCGGAGCAGGGAGCCAGAAACCAGAAGCACGGAGCUCGCCAAGCACCUCUGGGCCUGGGAGAGAGGGCUCAGGGACCAAGGAGGGUGGGGACAGGUUCAGGGCCAUGCUGGUGGCCUUCCUGGCGAGCAGCGAGGCGCAGCUGGAUUUCCCAGCGUCCCUGAACUCCCACGAGCGGAUGCUGGUUCACGUGCUGGCGGAGGAGUACGGGCUGCAGCACCUGAGCUCCGGGGAGGGCCGGGACAGGUACAUCAGUGUCCGCAAGAGACUCCCCGAGCAGUCCCCGCUGCCCUCCGAGCCCCCGCUGCCCUCUGAGCCGCUUCCUGAGCCCCAGCAUCCCGGCGGGAACACCCCUGACCCCGCGGAGCCGGGGAAAAGCAGCGAGGGCUCAGGGAAAGUGGACCUGAAAUCCCUGCACCUGGAGAGAGUCCAGAGGGAGAAAGCCAGGCGGGAGGAGGCGGCGAGGAAGGUGCAGGAGCCCGGCCGUGGCAGCAGGAAAAAGGACAAGAGCGAAGCCAAAGGAAAGCCGGUGAUCGGGAGCGCGGCCGGGGACGAUUUCGACGCUCUGAUCUCGGCUGCCAUCGAAGCUGACAGGACCUGCGGCUUCCCCCGCUGCAAGGCUUCUGUCACCACCCUGGGCCAGCUCUGCCACCACUGCCAGCGGCUCUUCUGCCUCAGCCACCACGUCCCCGAGGUAAGGAGGGGCAGGAGGAGCUUAGCCUGGCAAUUCUCCCUGUGGAGCUCCCCGGGCAGGGUUUCCUUGCAGGGAGUUUGGACAGAGCCCCCCUCCCUGUCAGAGCCUGCGCCGACCUCAGGUACACAGGGCUGGCAGGUGCUGACACCUGGGCUCUGCUCACCUCCUCCUGAGGGCUUUUCUGUUUUCCUCUCAUUUUGUGCCCUUCUUUACCACUUUCUGGCACUUGUCCUCUGAGGCCGUGUGGAUAAAGUGAGGCAGGGAGCAGAAAUGGAGAAGCACAAGUUUCAGGCUCGAGCGAGCCUGGACUCAAUUCCCAGCUCUUUGCACAUUCCCUCUGCAUUCUGAGGAUGAUUCCCAGCCCUCUGCAGAUCCUCUCUGCAUCCUGGGGACAGGCCAGGCAUGGAGCAGUGCUGCCUGGCCAGCAAUUCAGAAUUGCCUGUGUCCCUGUUGCUCAUCCUGCAGCUUCCAUGCCCUGUGGAGCCUCCUGGAGCUCAGCAGCCCUAUAAAUCCUUGGCACAGCUUUUCCCCCUGUCAAGAGCUAUCUGUUUCCAUGGCAAGGAUUAGUUGUAUUUAUGGUCACUCACCAUCCAGGAGGAUGUGGAUUUAUUCCCUGCAGAAUGGCCUCUCCCUGCUGAAUUGUAACGAGGCUCCAACAGCUGUAGGGAUUCAAAUCCAUGUCAGCCCCAGGAAGGGCUGUCACGGCUCUGAGGGAACAGGCUGGGACCCCCCUCCAGGGAAACAUAAAUGACUCUGGGAUGGGCCAGGAAAAGGGGUCAGAUUUUAGGAUCUCAGCUGUGGGAGAUAAUUCCAGUGUUGGAGUUGGCUCAUUAAAGCAGAUCCAUGGCUAAAAAAGGUCUCCCAUUCCCCAAAUGACCUUUCCCAGUUCACUGGAAAGGGGGUGGAAGGAGCCACUUGAAGCAUCCCAAAAGAUGAUUUACCUGCUGUGCAGAGCCCAGGACCUGGAUCUUUGUAUUUCAUUCUCUGCAAGAGGAGCUAUAAAUGAUGGCUUAAUAAAAGAUAGAAUCAUAAAUAUUAAUUAUUAAUUUUAAACAGUAAGUAUAUGAAUAAACAUAUAAAAAUAUAGAAUCUAAAUAUAAAAUGAAACUUAUAGAACCUAAAUAUAAAAUGAAACUAAGUGCAAGUAAAAUUAAAUAGUUAACAACGAUAAAUAAAAAUAAAUCGUCAUAAACCAAUAAAUUUAAAUUAUAAAAAUAAGCAAGUGUAUAAAGCAAUAUAGCAACACAGUAAUAUAAUAAUAGAUAAUGAUGAUGGUGAUGAUAAUGAUAAUAAUAAUAAUAAUAAUGAUGGUUGUAAGUGAUGGGAGCUGAUUUCAGGGGGAUGCAAAGCAGGUAGAAAGGGGGUUGCAGGCUCAGGGAGUGCCAGCCCCUGGUUGCCCCACGGGCGGUCCCUGGCCCGCUGUCCGUUCUCUCCCGCCAGGCCCACGGCUGUGGGGAGAAGGCCAAGGCCCACGCGCGGCAGCGCAUCAGCCGGGAAGGGGUCCUGUAUCCCGGCAGCGGCUCCAAGGACAAAUCCCUGGAUCCCGCCAAGCGAGCCCAGCUCCAGCGGCGCCUGGACAAGAAGCUCAGCGAGCUGACGAGCCAGAGGAAGGGCAAG